CGGAAGCAUUCCAUGUCACUGUUUUUCAUAAUCAGAACCUUUGACUUUAUUGUGUUUUGCAUUGAUUUAAUCAUUUCUAAAAUAGCAUUACUCAAGAUAAAACACUUCGCCCUUUUAUUUAUAUUUGUGAAAUCUUUGACCUUAAAUUGCUUUUACGAUCAUUAUUCGUCUCUGUCGCCAUUCGUAUGUGUAUAUCAUAUUUCAUUCUAAAAUCGAAAUUGACAGAUAACUUUCAAAGCUAAUUUUAUCGAGUGCUCAAGAAAUAAACUGGAACGUGAAAAGGCGUAAGACAAUUGAAAAUGGAGGAAGCAGUGAAACCUAGCAAUCCUGACAAUGUAGACUGGAUCAAAGCCAAACUGCAGACGUUAUGGACUUCACCGCAGUUCUGCGGCCUGUGCCUCGAGAACAAGGGAAACUUCUGUUCCGUUGACAUGGAGUUUGUUAUUAGCCAGCAGAAGCUGUCUAAAUGUUUGCAGGAUAUUUUAAAUUAUAUUUUUAAUGAAGACGCUGAAUUCCUGAUGUCAAGUCAAUACCUGUGUGACAGUUGCACAGAAAAAACAAUACAGGCCUACCUCUUCAUCCACAAUACAAAACAGCUUACAAGAAUCCUCAACAACUGCGUCUCGGAUAUUUACUCCAAAGUAGUUGAUGUGGAUUCUCAACUUGACACCACUAUCACAUAUGAGACAGCCAAUGUCAUGAUUGUCCUUGAAAAUGACACAGAUUUAUACAAAACUAUUAACAAUAUGAACUCCAUGACUGAAAUAGUUGUUACUGAAAAACCUGUACCAAUGAAAGCAUAUAAAACGGAGAAAGAAGAUCUGAAACCUAAAAUCAUUCAGGUUUGUAGCAUUGAGAAGCCGAAAGAUAUAACAAAAGAAGAACCAAAAGUCAACAUGGUAGUGAAAGAAAUAAAAGAAAAGAGAAUUGAGAAACCUGAUGGGACUCCAAAUAUAACCUUGAAAGAAGGUCACAUUGUAAUAAAACCUCUGAGCUCAUCAAGAAAUUCUACUCCUCGGUACAACACUUAUGAAUGCGCUGAGUGCCCAGACAUAUUUACAAAUUUCAGAACACUGAAGGAACAUGAAAAAGCUAAGCAUAAGAAAACAGUGUUCAGAUGCAAGUUGUGUGACAAAUCUUAUAAUACCUUGCAGUAUUUAAACAUACAUUACUUGACACAUUCCAAAGCGAGGUGCAAGUUAUGUCUACUCAUUCUUCCGGAAGAAGAACUAAUGGAUCACUUGAGGUGUAAUCAUGCAAAUUUGGUAUACCCUUGCAAUUUUUGCGAUUUGGUCUACUACACCCAAGAAUCGUUGACUACACAUUUCAAAAUAAGUCAUCUAGUUAACGAUACUAAAGCUAAGUCUCAUUGUGUGAUGUGCUUAACCAACUUCGUAGAAGAUAAGAACAAGAAACAUAAGUGCAAGUUCUCUUGCUCAGAAUGCUUUGUGAUGCCUUGCAUACAUUAUAAGUACCUCAUGUCUUACAGAGAGCAAGUGUUGAAUCACGUAAGUUACAUAAAAUGCGUAGACUGUGACUAUGGUACUCGUAGAAAAGAGCACUUGAUAGGACAUGCGAACAGGGAACAUUUAGACCACCAUCCAUUCACCUGUGCUGAUUGUGGACAACAGUUUUACACUAAAUUGAGUCUUAAGACUCACAUAGUACAGUUCCAUUCAGAUCUGUCCUGCCAAUAUUGUGAUUUUGUCUUCAAGGAUGCUAAAACUCUCGAGAAUCAUAGGAAAUCUUGCAAGGUUGUCAUACGGCCGUUCUCUUGUAGUCAGUGUGUUGCAUCCUUUGAUGUUUCUGAAGAACUGACCAACCAUGAGAAUUUAAGGCAUAAUGAAGGAGUACACGCUUGUACUCUCUGCAAGAGCAGAUUCCUUACUGAAAUAGAACUGCAGGAACACCACGCAAAGACUCAUGGUGGUAUUCAAUGUAAGAAGAGGAGAAAGCAUAUUGAAUGCUCCCUAUGUGAUAUCAUGUUCAAAAACGUAAAAGAGAUGCUUGAACAUGAGAAAUUGCAUCCCGAAAAUGAAGUUUACCCAUGCAAGGCAUGUGCAAAAAAGUGUAAUUCUUUAAUGAAACUGUAUAUUCAUAAUCAAAGGCACUAUACUAAGAGAAUUAAGUGCACUCAAUGUGGUAAGAAGGUUGCUGCAUCAUUCUAUGCACAACACACUGUUAGGUGUCCUUACAAAAAGGACGCUGUUCUGAGUCAUGUCUGCGAGGUAUGUGGGAAGUCAUUCCACUUGGAGUCAUUACUGAUCUUCCAUCAAAGAAUCCACAAGGAUCCUGAACCCUGCCUUCUAUGUGACAAGACCAUCAAACCGUCAAGUCUGAAACGGCAUAUGGAACAAAUUCAUGGAUUCAGUGCAAAAGCAAAGGCCAAACCUGGCCAGGCCAUAGAAUGCGAGUUAUGCGGGCACAUAGUUAAAAAGAAAUGUGACUUAGAAACUCACAUGAACCGAUAUCAUUUAAAAAUCAAGCCAUUUGUCUGUCACAUUUGUAGCAAAGAUUUUUGUGGUAAAGUACGCUUGAAGGAACAUUUAGCAACGCACACAUCUGACAAAAGCUGCUUCUGUUCUAUCUGCGGCAAGAAGUUUGCAAACCGCGUUUGUCUGAAAAUGCACUUUAGAAUGCACACGGGAGUAACUCCCUACGCCUGUGAUCUUUGCGGUCAGAAGUUCAGAUCCUCAAGUUUAAUGAAGACCCAUAGAAUUAAGAAACAUUUACAGAAAACGGUAAACUGUCCUCUCUGUGAUAGUAUGUUCUAUAUGGUCAGAGAUAUGAGGCAUCACUUCAAAAAGGUUCAUUGGAAAGGCAAAGAUGGAGUGCCGUUUAAUCCUGCAGAUGUAAAAGAGUUAUCCAAGGAACAUUAUCAUUUGUUUGAAGAUCGCAGGUUGCCGAAACUUACUUGAAACUUGUCAUUUUUGUAGUUAGGUAGCUAAAUGCAGAUAUGAAAAAUUAUCUUAUAUUUUUUUCCUGUAUAAUAAUUUUUGAUUAGAAAAAGGUGAUGGAUGGGUGAGAAUGUUGGCUUUGUUAUUUCAAUAAAUCAUGUUCUUGAAUAA